GUGGAGAAAAAAUACCCAGAUUGUCUAUUCGCCGUCAAAAUGGCGUCAUCGAAGGAAACCUAUUGUUUGUGUGGCCAACCAUAUAAUAUUGGACAAUUUAUGAUAGAAUGUGACUGUUGUCGUGAAUGGUUCCACGGCAGUUGUGUGGAUGUUAAAAUAUAUCAAUCGGAUGACAUAGACAAGUACCACUGUCCAAAAUGUGCCCAAACAUACGGUCCAUCAGUCUUGAAAGUGCCCACAAACAACCACCGCUCGGACCGCUACGAGCUCGGGGCGGAGGCGCGGCCGGCGCAGGCGGGGGCUCCGGGAUGGGUGCGCGCGCUGGCCGCCCGCCCCCCGCGCCCGCUCCCCGCCGCGCUUGUGAGGAUGAGGGGGCAGGACUUCACGGAGCAGUUUGUUAGGGAUGGCGGCUUCACAAAGCCGAUCCUGUUCAGUUCGACGGACGGCCUGGACAUGAAGGUGCCCAACUCGGCCACGUUCACGGCGCGCUCCGUGCUGCGCUACUGCGGGGCGCAGUUUGAGGUGGAGGUGAUUGACGUGCGCAAGCAGGCCACACUGCGCAUGCCGCUCGGAGACUUCGUUGAGUACUUCGAGACGCCGCCGGAGGCCCGCGCCGAGAAAGUACUCAAUUUGAUUAGUCUGGAGUUCUCAGAUACUAACAUGGCACCCCUAGUCGAACCGCCCCUAAUCGCCCGCUCACUAGACUGGGCUACCCGCGUAUGGCGGUCACUAUCCCCCCGCGCCCCCGCGCGCCCCGCCGUGGCCAAGUACUGUCUGCUGUGCCCGCGCGGCGGCUACACGGACUGGCACGUCGACUUCGGCGGCACCACCGUGUGGUACCACGUGCUCACGGGGCAGAAGGUAUUCUACCUGGCCCCGCCCACAGCCACUAACCUCGCGUUGUACCAGCAGUGGAGCGCUUCCAACAACCAGAGUGAGCGGUUCUUUGGAGAUAUGGUGGAAUGGUACGGCACAGCAGAGGUAUCAGCCGGGGACACGCUCGUGAUCCCUUCGGGCUGGGUGCACGCCGUGCUCACGCCACAAGACUCGCUGGUGGUCGGCGGGAACUUUCUACAUGAAUAUGCUAUUGAGAUGCAGCUGCAAAUCUACGAGAUAGAGCGCCGAGUAGAGACCCCGAUGGUGUACCGCUACCCGCUGUUCGAGGCCAUGAACUGGUCUGCCGGGGCGCACCUGCUGGCGCUGCUGCGGAGGCACAACGAGGAGUCGCAGGAUGAAGACUUCAUAGUCAGCGAACACGACGUCCAAACCCCUCAAGCAGAUCUUCCUCCGCUGUUGCUUCGCGGGAUCAAACUUCUAGCGAACGCUUUGAAGGAGUGGCACGCGCUGAAGAGUACGGACGCAGCUAAACGUGACAACGUGCCAAAGUGCCUCAACUCGGGGCAGCUGGUGCGCGAGCUCGGCAAGGAGCUGAGGAUACUGGAGAAGCGGACCGCCACCAUGGCUAAUAGAGAUAAGGACUUCAAACUAAAGACAAUGACACCGACGAAAGCGCACACGAAAAAGGCAACCCAGAAAAAGUCACUAAAACUAACUCUACCCAAACCUAUCAUGCACAUGGCACAUUUAAACGGAGAAUAUCAGGAAGAAAAGCUAUAUGACAAACCAUUUAUCGAAACCAAAGAUAUUAUAUACCAUCAAGAUGCAAGAUUCAUUACACAAGAUAUACCUCAAGAUAUUAAGUACACUGAAGGGCUACAAGAGGCGAAAACGUUUGUGGUCGAUGGUAAAGAACUCAUAUUGCCAACGGAUAAGAGCUAUUUAUAUCAGAAUUAUGAGGAACAUUUGCCGAUGUAUACGCAAGACUCGAACGGUUAUGUUGAAGCUGUUGACAAGAAAAGUGAUAUUCUUAGGAUUAAAAUGGACAACUCGCCAUCAUCAUCGCGCGAAGCCCCGCCCCCCUACUCACCGCUUCCAGAACAUUCCAUCCUGAAGUCGCACCUGAUUGGUCGGCCGCUCGACCCGCCUCACCUGAUUGGUCGCCCGCUAGACACGCCCAUUGACGGCGCGUUGAAGCAGCAAUGGACGAUAAGCAAGAAGGAUAGCGGGGAGUUUCAUGAACAGAUUCUGUUCACUAAUGAGAAUGUGGAACAGACUUUGCCGAGACAGGUGCCUUAUGGACCAGGAAUGUACUCAACAGACGACAUCCAGCCUGAGUACCAAUACGUGGUGGACACCAAGCAGCCGUACCAGACCUACUCGUAUCUACUGCCGAGAGAGCCUUACCGGUACAUCCCGCAAGAGACGACGGAGCAGGCACCAACCCAAGUGUACACCCAGUCCGUACAAGAGCUGCCCCCGGAGCCGUACCACGAGCUGCCGUCGUACGACGCGGCCGUGGCGCAGCAGCAGUUCGCCACCGCCGCCGCCGCCGCGCCCGCGCACUAUGAGAUAGAGCCGCCGCCAGCACCACGGCUGCGGCGCUCGGAGCGCCCGGCGCGACGCCGCGUGUCCCCCACAUACGACUACGAGGACAUAGACCUGUACAUAGACGACGCGCCCGCCACCAGGCGAAGUAGAGCAUCCAACAGCUACCGUGCGCCGGCGCCGCGGCCCGCGCCCGCCAACGGCAUCGAGUCGCUGAUACAAGCCUCUGUGUUAGCCGAGGAGGAGCCUCCUACCGCCACUGAAGACGCAGCCGUGGCAGGCAUGCUCAGCAUCAGUGAGCCUCGCUACACGCCGCAGCGAACUUUCGGGCUGGCGGCUGACUCCCAGCGCGGGACUACUAGCAACAGCGCAAGCCCAUCCACCAAUGGCAAGCGAGCGCGCGCGCCGCCCAGCAGCGACGAUGAUGAUGAAGAGGAUGUCAUCAAGGAGGUGCAUCGAGAUGAAGAGUAUGUGUACCCGUCAUUAGAGAUGAGUUCGGACGAGGACGAGGAGUGGACAUCGUCGCGCCGCCGCACCUCCCGGAAUAGGAACGACAGCAAAUCCAAGAGCGAACGAGACUCAUCAUGGUCCCCGCGCGCGCGGCUGGGCCGGCUGGUGCCGCGGCUGCGCUCGGGGCGCGCGGCGCGGCGGGAGAGCGUGCGCGCCGCGCUGCACCACGCGAGACACCACACGGAUAAGGCGCCGCCACAGCCUCCGAACGCGAAGCGCGCCGUGCUCGCCACCAAGAGCAAGCGACCGCCGCCGCCCGCGCCGCCCACGCCAAAUAAAAACAAUUCAAGACUGAAAAAAGGUAUGAAGACGGCGAAACAACGUCUUGGGAAGAUCCUGAAAAUACAUAAGAUGGUAUAUUAAUGUAGGGUACAUAGAUCAUUUUAUAUAAAGGCGGUUAUGUAUAGCGGUUUUGCUGAAUAACGAUGACACAUAAUUUUGAAUACGUGUUAUUCUUUAGCUAGUCGCCAAUCUCUAAAAAGCUUAUUAUAUAUCAAUUUAUAACAGUGUCUAUUCGCAAUAUAACGUUAUAUAUCACCGCCAGAUAUAACAUUAAGUUUAUCAGUAUAUUAUGUAAAGCGAAGUAUAGUUAUAUACUAAAGUGUAUAUUUAGAUUGCACGGACCAAUACUAGUAGAUGGUUUUAUUUUUAAAUUGGUUUUGUCUGUCUGUUUGUCACUUGAAUAAAGUCAGGAUGGAAACUGUAGGAAACUUUGGCAGCACUGUCGGUUAUUACCGACCAAUCCGAGACUGGUAUUGGUUAAAUCAACCAAUCAUUACAGAGCUUCAAUUACCGAUGUCCAAUUCGAUGGUUUCCAUCCUAUCAAAGAAAAUGUAAGACGUAAUUUUUUUUUUAAAUAAUAAUAUUUAUACUAGGGGCACGCUUACAAAGUAUAAUAAUAUUAUAACGAAUUUAGUUGGACCGUUUUUAUUGUAUAAAUUGAGCGAAUGAUUUUAUUUCUAAGUUUAAUUCACUAAAUGAUGUAAAGACAGGCAAAACUGUUUCUUUGGACGAUUUCAAUGCAUUGUUUUGGAACACCGACAUUAAAAAGGGGUGUUAUAAACGAUCACUGUCAAGGGUUUAAGUUAUUGACUAAAUGGUACAUUAGAGAUAAAAAUUAUCCCGAGUUUUCAUAGAACGAACUGCCAAUUUACAAGAGGCUUGCAACCAAUGAUGAAAGAAAACAAAGAAGACCCGCCAUAAACAUCGUUACUUAAAAAUAUAUCGUCGUCUCUUUUUAACUUAUUAGUGUUAAGGACAACAAUAGUUUUGUCUUUGCCUAAAAUGACAACAUUGCGGCCGGUCGCCAUGUUUAUUGACAGCAAACCAACCAAUGACGAAAGAAACGUCAUUGCACCCAACCAACCAACAAGCACUUCAGUUGUCAAAGCGACUUGCUUGUUCCAAUUUGUCUAAUUACGAAAGAAAUAGAGCCGCCAAUUUAGUUAGCACAGAGUUUAGGUAUGCGUGUUUUUUACGUGAGUAUGCCAAGUCCUCAUUUUCUUUCGUCAUUGAUCUAAUCUAAAUGAAUACAGACGAACUUCGAAUAUCACGAUGAUGCUUGCAAGCCUCUUGUAAAUGACCGUUCGUUCUAUGAAAUGUAGGGAAUGUAUUGACGUAUUAUUUUGUGUUGUAACAAUUUGUUAUAUUUUUUCUUUGUUAACAUAAAACAGGACAUCUCGAUCUGAUAAGUUCAUUAAUUUUAAGCGUUAGGUUAUGUUUAGUAAAAUUGUCUUCGUGGAAAAAAUAUGUGGUGCCUAUGAAACGUAUGACUUAUUAUUAAAUUCUCGUACUUUCACUUUGCUUGGAAUUCAUCACACAUAGUAUAUACUUACAGAGAUGAAAUUUAUCAGUGAACUAAAGUGAAGCGUCGUCAAAAAAAAAUGUUUGUUGGCAUGAAAGUUGGAACGUCACUGAUAAAUUUCACCGUCUAUAAUUUAACAUUAGGGGCCGUAGAAAAUGGAUGCGACUGAAGUAAGCAUAAUUAUCAUGACGAUACGGCUCCUGUUUUUCUUCUUUCACGCAAUAGUUUUUCUUUAUUCUAUAAAAAAACUAUAAGUAAGAAACCCACCUCUAAUUAGGUAAACAUAGCUUAUAAUAUUAUUUCUGAGCUUAGCUUUUUUCUUCAAAUUGUUAUGUUUUCUUUCAAUCCUUAGUGAUAAUAGUUUGUAAGUGUGUUAAAAUUAGAUUUUUUUUAUAACUGAACUGACCCCUUAGCUUGAAUUUUCAUCGUGAAAGUGACGUGAAAUUACUCGAUGAAUUUUGUAGGGAAAUUUUAGUUCUGCUACCGACCGCCAGGGGCGCUGUUCAUAUUUUCAUACAAAAUUACUUGAUGAAUUCUACUUCACGUUCACGAUGAAAAUUCAUGCUCAGGGGUCUGAUGUAUUUGACAAGAACCGCAUAAUAAUAUUUAACACGCAAUUAUUACAACGUAUUUUGUGUCUAUACCUAAUUGGUAAAAUAUAAAGGACUUGGAACAGAUCGCAUUGUUAUAUUAUUUGAAUUUAUUAAGCAUACAAAAAAUGAGUCUUAAAAUAUAAUUUUAUGGUUCAUAUGACCAUGACAUUAUUUGUCCCUAGCUAGACCAAUCUAAAAUUUUACCUAAAAUCGUCUUAUUCAAAAAACUUGUUCUUUAUAGGGAUAUAUUCAGACAAUGCUAACUUUGGAACGGGAAAAAUAUGGUUUUCUCUAACUGGUAUCCCUAAAUCACUAGUAAAGAAAAGUCAUAACACGACUGUUUCAGAAAAUGCAAAGAAAAAUGGUUGCCCUAAUACACGUUUUCGGUGAUGGCACUAAUUAUUUCUGUUGCAAAUAUAUAUUUGUCGGACUUCUAGAAUCAAUCUAGAAGGGAUAUUACAUAGUCUUGCCGUGAGUUAAAAUAAAAGACACAUAUUUACUCUUUUAAAGAAUCUUUUUUUUUUUCAAAUAUUCGCUCCAUAAAAUAUGUUUUACCUGACAUUACGAAUUUCUUGAAACUUAUCGAGCACCGGCAUUCAAUCUAGAUGUAAAACGCCUUAAUCUAGGUAAAGUAAGGGUGUUCCGAUUACAAGGAACGUACAAGAAAGUAUAGAAGCCAUUAAAAACGUGCGAAUUUAUUAAACUUACGCAUAACAAUAUUACUGCGAGAGUGAGGCACCAUAAAAUGACUUUGAACUCAGUGCUUCGAAGCGGUGCGCUAACCACGUAAAUAUCUCGUGGUACACUCACGGGCAAUGAAAAGGUUCUUCUGAGAAAAGGAUGACAUUAUUCCUUAACGGAAAAAGCUAGCUUAAUGACGCCUUCUGCAACAUUGAAGCACUUUUAACAGAGCAUUAGGACAUUACCAACUAAAAAAGGACAUAUUUAGUUCAAAUUUUAAAUUGAACGUUUGAAAAAAAUUGGUUUUGUUUCGUGUCGGCAUUUUGUGAGUGGAACUUUUUCAUUGCCCGUGAUUGUGUUAAGCGUACCGAUAGUGUGUCAUUUCUCUUUCGCCCAUUCGUAGAUUUAUAAAUUCGGACGACUAUAAUCGGACCACGAUAACUUUCAUAUGUCAUACAGAAGUAUGUAAAAUAUAAGUAUAUUCUGAAAUCGGAACCUACUCUUCACUUUACCUAGUGACAUGGAGCCUGGCACCAACCUUUAAAUCGAGACCCAAUCUAUUCCUUUUGCUUUGACUCAAACUCGAUUUAAGCUUGGUGCAAGGCAUCCUUAGUUUAAGUUUAAAUUAAUAUACACAAAAGCCAUGCGGUAACGACAAGCUUCUGACUCGGGUGUUGGCGAAAUUAUCCAGGGGUUACUAUAUAUGACGAAAAACGAAGUUCAUAGCGCUGCUACGCGAUCUCUUAUUUCGUCAGAAUAGAGUAACCCUCUGAGCCCUGCCAGCCAGUUAUAGGUACUUUUUAAAAUAUUGCAUGUGUCCUAUGAAUUAUGAUUGAUAGAUCUUUAUUCCUGGGAAAAAAGACCUUUUUCCCUUGAAAACUAACCAAAUGAAAAUAAAGCUGACUUAGGACUCAUGCUAUACCUACUUACUUUACAAGGUACCUAUGUAGUAUUGAAAUGUACGGAUUAGGUGACGUUGCCACACUGUUGAGGCAGGGCUCUAAAUACAUUAAAUUUACAUUUAUGCAUUUGAAAUAACACUUAACUUAUAAAUACACUGUCUUAAGUACUUUCGACUGCAUAAUAGUCUAAAAUUUCGUUUAAUUAUUCACUGAAUAGACUAAAUUAUCUAUUGAUUAAAUUAUCUAUCAUACAUAUAAUUACGAUAUGGUAUUAUUUCUGAGACGAUUUUGAAAAUGUAGGCCUCAAUUUGUUUUUAGGGUUAACCAGGGGAAAUCAGUUAAUAAUUUUAUUGUUUCUGUGACAUGGGAAAAAAGUGUUAUAAUUAUUUCAGGGUCAACCAGGGAAAAAUAGUAAGUUUAAAAAUAGUACUUUAUGUAUGAUUUAUGUCAAAUUUGUAGAGUCACGAAAUGCAGUCGAAAGUACUUUUGUCACACUCGCAUGGCUAAAGAUAUCGGAAAAGUGUUUAAAAUUAUGUAAUAGAUAUUACUGGAAAAUAGAUUAUGGUAUAAAAGAUUUUAUUGUAAAUUAUGGAUAUGGACAACGCGAAUGUAUAUUAUUGUGACAAUGAAAGUUUUCUAGGUGUACC